GAAGCGUCCGUCAUUGAAGAUUUUCCUCCCUCUUUCCGCGUGCAUCGGCUUCGCUAUGGCUACUCGUAAAGAGUCUGGUUCGGCACCUACCACUGUAAUGGCUUCUACAGGCGGUACGUUGGACUCUCCUGUCAAACAGAUCCAGAUUGAAGGACUGGUGGUGCUGAAGAUUAUCAAGCACUACCAGGAAGAGGGCCAGGGCAGCGAGGUGGUUCAGGGCGUCCUGCUGGGCCUGGUUGUCGAGGACCGGCUGGAGAUCACCAACUGCUUCCCCUUCCCCCAGCACACCGAGGAUGAUGCCGACUUUGACGAAGUCCAAUACCAGAUGGAGAUGAUGCGUUCUCUGCGUCACGUCAACAUUGACCAUCUGCAUGUGGGCUGGUACCAGUCCACCUACUAUGGCUCCUUUGUCAGCCGAGCGCUGCUCGACUCUCAGUUCAGCUACCAGCACGCCAUCGAAGAGUCAGUUGUACUCAUCUAUGACCCUAUAAAGACAGCUCAAGGCUCCCUGUCUCUCAAGGCCUACCGACUUACCCCAAAACUCAUGGAGAUCUGCAAAGAGAAAGAUUUCACACCUGAGGGCUUGAAAAAGGCAAACAUUGGCUUUGAGAAUAUGUUCGAGGAGGUCCCCAUCAUCAUCAAAAACUCCCAUCUCAUCAACGCACUGAUGUGGGAGCUGGAGGACAAGUCCACGGUCGCAGACAAGCACGAACUGCUCAACCUCUCAAGCAGCAACCACUUGGAGAAGAGCCUUCAGCUUCUGAUGGACAGAGUGGAUGACAUGUGCCAAGACAUUGUCAAAUAUAACACCUACAGCCGCAACCUGAGUAAGCAACAGCAGCAGAAGCACCAGUACCUCCAGAGGCGGCAGCAGGAGAACACCCAGCGGCAGAGCAGAGGAGAGCCCCCGCUGCCUGAGGAGGACAUCACCAAAAUGUUCAAGCCCCCCCAGCCUCCCCCACGCAUGGACACUCUGCUCAUUGCAGGGCAAAUUAACAACUACUGCCAGAACGUGAAGGAAUUCACCUCUCAGAACCUCGGGAAGCUGUUCAUGGCAGAGGCUCUCCAGGGCAACAACUAGAGGAGAGAGGCGAGGAAGAGUGCGCAAAGGACGGGAAAAUUAAAGGUGACAGAGAUGCAGAGCCCUCUUGGCUUCGACUGGAGAAAAAGCGGACCCUUUUUUUGUUUUCUAAGAAUUUAUUCAUUGUUUUUAUCCCUAGCCCCAUCUUGGAUACAAAUUAUCUUUGAAGAUCACUUGAUUUUUCGAUCUAAAUAAAAGUCUUGCAUCUCGAAA